GUGUGUUCAUGUUGCGAAGCGCAGUCACAAUAACCGACCCCCUCCCAUACAAAGCCAGAUACAUCGUCAUGGCUGAUCAAGCAAGCACAUCGGCCGCAUCGUCGUCCGCCGCACCAGCGCCCGCCAAAGGGUCACACCUCCGCACGCAGACCCUCGAGGGCCUCGACGUCGCCACACUGUCACCUCUUUCGCCCGACGUUCUGAGUCGACAGGCCACCGUCAACAUUGGCACCAUCGGCCAUGUCGCGCACGGCAAGUCUACCGUUGUCAAGGCCAUUUCUGGCGUUCAGACCGUCCGUUUCAAGAACGAACUCGAGCGCAACAUUACCAUCAAGCUCGGUUACGCUAACGCCAAAAUUUACAAGUGCGACAACCCUGCGUGCCCUCGCCCUGGCAACUACCGAUCGGCCUCUUCGAACAAGGAGGACGAUCUGCCAUGUGAGCGUCUUGGCUGCAGCGGCCGCUUCCGUAUUUUGCGACAUGUGUCGUUCGUUGAUUGCCCCGGUCACGAUAUUCUCAUGGCGACCAUGCUUAACGGUGCUGCAGUCAUGGACGCUGCUCUCUUGCUUAUUGCCGGCAAUGAAAGCUGCCCGCAGCCCCAGACCAGUGAGCAUCUUGCUGCCAUCGAAAUCAUGAAGCUCAAGCACAUCAUUAUCCUCCAAAACAAGAUUGAUCUCGUCCGAGAAGCUCAGGCCCUCGAACAACACCAAGAGAUUCUCAAGUUUGUGGACGGCACUGUCGCUCAGGGCGCCCCCAUCAUUCCCAUCUCAGCGCAGCUCAAAUACAACAUUGACUGCGUUUGCGAAUACAUUGCCAACAAAAUCCCAAUCCCCGUGCGCGACUUCACGGCUGCACCCCGUCUCAUUGUCAUCCGCUCCUUUGACGUCAACAAGCCCGGUGCCGAGGUCGACGACCUCAAGGGUGGCGUCGCUGGUGGCUCCAUCCUCGUUGGUGUCCUCAAGGCUGGUCAGGAGAUUGAGGUCCGCCCUGGUAUCGUCGCCAAGAACGACGAGGGCCGGCUCAAGUGCACCCCCAUCUUCUCGCGCGUCGUGUCACUCUUUGCCGAGCAAAACGAGCUCCAAUACGCCGUCCCCGGUGGCCUCAUUGGUGUCGGCACCAAGAUUGAUCCCACGCUCUGCCGUGCCGAUCGUCUUGUCGGUCAGGUGCUCGGCAGCGUUGGCGCGCUUCCCGAAAUCUACACUGAGCUCGAAAUCAGCUACUUCCUGCUUCGCCGUCUCCUCGGUGUCCGAACGGAAGGCGACAAGAAGCAGGCCAAGGUCCAGAAGCUCACCAAGGGCGAGGUGUUGAUGGUGAACAUUGGCUCCCUGUCCACUGGUGGCCGCGUUGUCGCUGUUAAGGCCGAUCUUGCCAAGAUUGCCCUCACCCAGCCCGUGUGCACCGAGUCUGGCGAGAAGAUUGCAUUGUCACGUCGUGUCGAGAAGCAUUGGCGACUCAUUGGCUGGGGCUCCAUCCGACGAGGAAUCACCAUCAAUGCUGACGGCACCAGCUCGAAUUAAUUUGCACUCAUGUAUUUUGCGCUUUUGUCCCUUGUUAGGGUCUUUUUUUUUCCCAUGCUCCUGUUAGCAUGAGAACAGACCUCUAUGUGUGCUUCUCUUCCACUCCACCCUUUUUUUUUCUUCCUCGCUGUAUUUGCUUGUCCCCCGCUGUUUUGCAGUAUUUGUUGAACAAUGAAACACUCAAACAAAAC